CAAACAUCCGACAUACACACACGAAAAGAGUAGAGCCUUAAAUUGUAGUUUAUUUUCCAUAAGGAUGUGUUUCUUGUGCAGCGUGAUGGCCAGGCUGUCGGGUUGUGUGGGCACUCAUUGGACAGGUCCCUGCCGCGCAAAGCAUUUCAGAAAUCAGAAGAAAGCUUCAUCCUCUCGGAAGCAGCGUUCAGGCUGCGCCAAGCGAUCAAAUAAUUCGGCCAGGGAUAGCCAUGCGAACCGGCACAAGAAUCCCCAUCGACUGGAGACCCAGGAAGAGCAGCAGCCCGGCGAGCAGCCGAGUUCAGGCGUCACCCCGUGCUGCAAUCCCCCCAAGGAGACAUACCCCUUGCUGGCACAUCAUAGCUAUACGAUCCGGAAUACGUACCCGGGGCCACUGGAGACCUACGACGGGGAGGCGCGCGGCGAGAAGCGUCUCAUCUGCUUCGCGGAUCUAAGCGAAAGUUACCUGAAUUUGCUGUUCAAUCAGGUUGAGGAGGAAGAGAGGAAAGAGAAGGAAAAGGAGGAGUUGGAGAAGCUGCAGAAAAGUGGUGAGAACAAGCGCCAGGCGACAGCAAAGAGGUGCCGGGAGAACAGCAGGGAAAGGUCCCCGCAGAGGAAUGUACGAUUCUGUGGAGAGCAGAAGAAAAGCUGUGGGGAAGAGAAGAAGGAGGGCUGUGGGGAGCAGAAGAAGGAAGGUUGUGCUGAGAAGAAGAAGGAAGGUUGUGCUGAGAAGAAGAAGGAAGGCUGUGGGGAGAAGAAGGAAAACUGUGCAGAAAAGACAAAGAAAAGCUGCGAAGAAAAGAAGAAGGAAGGCUGUGCUGAGAAGCAGAAGGAAGGCUGUGCUGAGAAGCAGAAGGAAGGCUGUAAAAAAGUGAAGAAAGAAAAUUGUGGAGACAAGAAGAAGGAAGGCUGUGCAGAAAAUAAAAAUGCAGAAGAAAGUACGAACAAAGAGGAAAGCUGUGAGGAGCAGGAGACCGAGCCCCGCAAUUUUCGUGCAAUGAUCAAGCAAGAAACGAAUGCCCAGCGGCUAUACGAGAAAGGGCUCCGCAGAAAGGGCUGUCAGAACGGAAAGGCUUGGCAGUGCCUGCUGCCCAGAGAAAAGCUGUCCUACUACUGGCGUGUGCGCACCGGAGAGCAGCUGCGCCCCACCGCCUACUCCAACUUCAAGCAGGGAUUCGUGAAGCGCUUCAGGCAAAUGCAUCCGCGUGCCGGCUCCAAGCGGGUGCGUGCCGAGACGCGUACCCAGUGGUAUGCCCUGGAGCGCAGCCAGCGAGAGCCCUUCGUCAUGCAGGCCCUGGUCUAUCAUGUGAGCACUGGGGAGCUGGAUCCCUUGGAUCAGUGCGCUGUCCGAGAGAUGUACACCAAGCUGAAGGGCGGCGAUUAGCAUGAGCAGCUACCCCAUCAAACAAUUUCCCUUCACAUUUCACAUUUUGCAUUUAAAUUUUUGAUUUCAAUUUCAUUUUUCCAAAUCUUGUACGAGAAACAGAUGUUGCUGCCGGCGGAGUCUAUUUUUGGGGCAAAAGUUGCAAAAUCUGCGACUCUUUCCAGCUGCUCCUCCUGCUUUAUGGACUGCCUGGGACCGACGCCCUUGAACCACAUUUCGAGGGGCAUUAUGGAUCUCCCAUUUUGCAUCUGCAUACUUUUCGCACCCGAACCAAGGUCGCGCCGUUGACAUGGCCUUGGGUGGGGUUGGGGCUGGGCACUUGAUUAACAAUUAGCGGUUCGAGGUUCGCGGGAAAGCAGCCAGCAGCCAGCAGCCAAGGUCGCACCCCACUCCCCAUGCCGUGUCCAGAUCGAAUCAAUUCUGCGUCGCGCAUACAUUAGCCAUAAAAAUCUGUUGUACAAAUAAAACAAAAAAGGCAAACGAGCGUGGAG